CUUGGGUGACAUUGCCGACGUAUUUAUUGUGUCCUGUGUGUGCACGCACACUUUAGGAUUUUUCAAGUAACAAUGAAAAUGACCUGAAAUCCGACACAUCUGCAAAUGCGUUACUGUUGUUAUUAUUUGAAACCAUCCGCUUUGAAAAAAAAAUCAUUGAGAAACCAUGGUUCCGGUGCGCUUGAUUUUCUUUUUUUUCCUUUUUUUUUCUUGCACUUUUUUUUCUGGAGUUUCCAAAAGAAGUACAGCUUCCUUAUUUUUUCUUUCCCCGUUCAGCUGAGAUCCAGCCGUAUUGUCGCAGCAAACAAGCCAGCUCGUCGUAGUGGCCAUGUCACAGUCCCACGUUGAUUCUCACAUUCAGUGCUUGAGAUCGCCGAAAAAGAUGACAAGCAAUCCAGACUACAUCAGGGACCUCCGUGAACGAGCCAUGGUCGAUCCAACCGACAGUCAUACCUACCCCGUCCACCACUGGAUAGUCACCAUUGAAAGACUCUACACAGAGGGCGAGUGGGAAUGGAGGAAUGGCGAACUAGAAAAAGCUUAUAUCGCUUUUAUGAGGGGUUGCAGUAUCAUGGCAGAAAUUGUCAAACGACAUCCAGGAUACCAGGCUAUUCGGUUCGAUCCAGCCUACGUUUACCUGAAACAGUUGACAAAUGAUCGUAUUUUCUAUCUCCUCCAAGAGAUUGCCCGCCAAUUGGAAAUGGCUCAUGCAUGCAGCAGGGGACCUUAUGCGCAACCAUCACUACCUUUCAGUAACAAUCCGUUCAGGCAAACAGGGCAGGUCCCGACACCCCAUCAACGAAGAACAGACCCUCCUCCAACUUCAAAGGCUUCCUACUCCAGUGCUUUCUCCGAUACGCAGGGUCACCCGCAAGAACCGAUUGUACACCCAUUGAAGUUGGCCAAAUGGAUUACCAGCAAAAAUAGCCCCUUUAGUGUCCUCAUCUUGGACGUUCGACCACGACUGAGUUUCAGAAAAGGCUGUAUUCGCCAUGAAUGGCUUGUCCAAAUAGAUCCAUCGAUUCUCCAACCUGGGAUCAAUGCGCAAACGAUCAGCCAUUCUCUUCACGCCAACCCCGAAAUCGAAAAGUCAUUAUUUGCACAACGCCAUCAGUUUGAAAUUGUUGUGUAUUACGAUCAGAGUGCCGUGACGCUUCGCGAAGCCCACCCGUCCUUGCAUCACCUUGUCAAAGCUUUGGUCAACGAUGGGGCACCGCUGACAAGGCCUCCUGUGAUGCUAGCGGGAGGGUUCCAAGCUUGGGAAACCACCAUUGGUGAACGCGGUAUCUACCGGUUUCCAAACACGCAAGAGACUCCCUCGGGUGCCAAUGCCCCUCAUCGAUCCUUAGAGAAUAAAGCUCCUUCUCAUAGAUCAUCUCAUGCUUCGUCCAUAAGUCAGUCACAACAACAGCUGUUUGAUAUGUAUAAUAGUCGACACAAGCAAUCUUCAGGCCCCACAGUACCAGCAAGUAACGGCACUGGAUCUUCAGCAAAAGCGAAUGGUUCAUUGUCGUCCGCCAAUACACAAAAUCAUUUGCCAAUGACUCCAGUAACGCCGGUGGCACAAAAAGCGAUGAACAGUCAAAAACACGUUGGUUCAGACUUGCUGCGUUUCGAUAAGAGCUGUAUCGGCAUCACCGGCCUAAAAAAUUUAGGCAACACCUGCUACAUGAACUCGAUCCUUCAAUGUCUGAGCGGCACGGUUCCCUUGGCAUCUUUUUUCAUCUCGGGACACUACGCGAAAUCCAUCAAUCGAAACAAUCGGCUGGGCUCAGGCGGGGCAUUAGCAGAAGUGUUUGCCCAACUGUUGCGUGCCAUGUGGAGUAGGCAAUACAGCUCUUUGUCCCCUUUAUCGUUCCAUCAAAUUGUUACUCGUUUUGCCACCCAAUUUGCUGACGGAAAUCAGCAUGAUUCGCAAGAGUUCCUGACCUGUCUUUUGGAUGGUCUGCAUGAAGAUCUUAAUAUGGUUUCCAGAAAUGCACCGGUGGAUGACUUGUGUACAAAAGAGACGGAUGACAAUGUAUCCGACUGGCAAGCGAGGGCUCUUGCCUGGGAAAAAUAUCUGGCGCGUAAUACGAGUAUCAUUGUCAACUUGUUUCAAGGGCAAUACCGCAGUCGAUUGACUUGUCUCAGUUGCAAACAUACUUCGACAACCUACAACCCGUUCAUGUCUCUAUCGCUUCCCAUUCCAAACAAGAAAAUGCGGCUGUCCCACAUUAAUAUCUACGAAUGCUUUGAUCUGUUCGUGAAAGAAGAAACCUUGAAGAAAAACGAUGCAUGGCGAUGUCCAAAAUGUGAUAAACUACGGCGUGCUACGAAGCAGUUAACCAUGGCUCAUUUGCCAGAUAUUCUAUUGAUCCAUCUGAAACGGUUUUCAUCCGACGGACCCUAUCGGAGCAAGGUCGACUCCGUCAUCCAAUUCCCUUUAAAAAAUCUUGACUUGUCAGGCUAUAUUCCCGAUGGUAUGCUACCUCCAGGUCAGAACUCUGGCAACCGUCCUUCUUUUGUGUACAAUCUGUAUGCCGUCUCCAACCAUUGUGGAUCGCUGAAUGAAGGACAUUAUACGGCCUAUGUGCAUAAUAGCCAUGAUGGGCAUUGGUAUCAUUUUGAUGACAAUUUUGCCUCUCCAUGUGACAAGAACAAAGUCGUGAGUUCAGCAGCAUACAAUCUAUUUUAUGCACGAUCCACGGUUUUAUAAACGAGAAUUCCCCUAACUUUCCCUUUCUACAUGAAAUUUUGUAUACGUUGAAAACUCCCCAAUGUAAAUAUUGCUUUCCUUUUUAAAUUUUCCAGAUAGUAAAUAAUGAUACCUUGCAAGCACACAAAAUCUUUUUUUUUUUUGUUUCAUUCAAUAAAGUACAUGUGGCAUCUCUAGGAAGUAGGAGCAUAUGGAUG